AUGAUAACUGCUAUUACAAUUGGUCUUAUUCUUUUCGUUAAUAAUGUUCGAUUUGUAACAUGUCAACAAACAAAUUUUAAUUGCGAAAUACGACCAAAUCAAGCCAAUACAACCGAACGAUUACAACGUUUACGUGUUCAUCUUAGAAGUAAUAAUUUAUCUGCUUAUGUCAUCUUUUCAGAAGAUGAACAUCAAAGUGAAUAUGUUCAAUUAUAUGAUGAACGACGAGCAUGGAUAAGUGGUUUUUUGGGUUCAGCUGGUACCGCUGUUGUUACACUAAAUAAUGCUGCUUUAUGGACUGACGGUCGAUAUUGGACACAAGCAGAAGAUGAACUUGAUUGUACAAAUUGGUAUCUUAUGCGGCAAGGUCAAACAAAUGUACCUUCACUUAGUAAUUGGUUAUCAAGUCAAGUCAAUAGUACACCACCUUAUGAUCGAGUUGGUGUGGCAGCUCAAUUUGUUUCAUCUAAUUGGUGGUCAACAGUUAAUAAUAUUCUCAAUGAAAAGAGUGCUUCAUUAGUUGAAGUCACUGAAUUAAUCGAUUUAAUUUGGAAAUCACCUGAGAGACCAUCACCUACAACCAAUGAAAUUAAUAUUCAUGAAUUAAAAUAUGCAGGUAUCACAUGGGAAGAAAAAGUUAAAAUUAUUGCUGAACAUUUACAAACAAAAAAAGCAAAUGCUUAUAUUGUUACAGCUCUUGAUGAAAUUGCUUGGUUAUUGAGUUUACGUGGUUCUGAUAUUCCAUAUAAUCCAUUUUUUAAAGCUUAUGCAAUUGUAUAUGCUAAUAAAACGACACAAGUUUGGAUGAAUUCAACUCAAUUAACUUCAGCUGCUAUUAAUCAAUUAAAUAAUGUUAAUAUUCGUUCGUAUGAUACUUUUCUUUCUGAUCUUAAUAUAUUAGCUCAUCGAAGUGAUAUUUCUCAAAUUUGGAUUUCACCAUCUGCAUCACAAGCUAUUUUUAAUCGAAUUCCGGUAGAAAAACGUUUAAUUUCAAGUUCACCAGUUGAAUUUACAAAAGCAAUUAAAAAUUCAAUAGAAGAAAAAGGCAUGCGUGAUUGUGGUAUUCGUGAUAGUGUAGCACGUAUACGUCAUUUAACUUGGCUUGAGAAUCAAAUUAAUAAUAGUAUAUUGAUUAAUGAAACAAAAUCAGCUGAACAACUUGAAUAUUUUCAAAAUCAAGAUGAUUUAUUUCAAACGCUUAGUUUUGAUUCUAUAUCAGCAUUUGGUUCUAAUGCUGCUAUUAUUCAUUAUAGUCCAAAAGCAAAAACUGCUGCAUUAAUAACUAAAAAUGGAUUAUAUUUACUUGAUGCUGGUGCACAAUAUCUUGAUUGUACAACAGAUGUUACACGUACACAUGUUUUUGGUACGCCAACAGAAGAACAAAAGAAAGCAUAUACACUUGUUCUUCAAGGUUCAAUCGAUUUAGCUGAUGCUAUUUUUCCAUUCGGUACAUAUGGUCGAAAUAUUGAUAUAUUAACUCGACAAAAUCUUUAUAAAAAUUUUAUGGAUUAUAAUCAUGGUACUGGUCAUGGUAUAGGGCAUUAUUUAUCUGUUCAUGAAGGUCCAUCAUCGAUUUCUAUGGGUUAUAGUCCAUAUGAUAUACCAUUAACAGAUGGUAUGGUAUUUUCAGAUGAACCUGGUUUUUAUUUACCAGGACAAUUUGGUAUUCGACUUGAAACAGAUAUUAUUGUAAAAAAUUAUACAUUACCAAAUAAUUAUGGUGAUUUAACAAUACAAUUUCUUCAUUUUGAAAUGUUAUCAUUAGUUCCUUUUGAACGUAAUUUAAUUCUAUGUGAAAUGUUAACAGAAGCUCAAAAAACUUGGCUUAAUUCGUAUCAUACUGAAGUAAAAAAUAAACUUGAAAGUACAAAUCAAUUAAAUGCAGAUGAAUUACGUUAUCUUAGAGAUAAAACACAAGAAAUAAAAUGCUAA